AUGAAUGUGAACAAAAAGGAACUUAAUGUUGUCAAUGAAUUACAAAAUCAUCAUCAACCUUAUCAACAACGUUUUCAACAACAGCAGUGUCGUCAACAAAAUAUUCAAAACAGACAUCGACAGCAACACUAUCGACAACAACCUUAUCGACCACAACAUUACAGAUUUAAAGUAGAUUCAAGAAAUUUACGUCGUCAUGAUGUUCAUGGUGAUGACGAUGGCGAUGGUAGUGAUGGUAAAAGAGAAGUUGAACAGCAGCAAUUUGAACCUGAUUCAUAUUAUAAUAACAAUAAAACAUAUCCAAGAAAUGGUGAUAGAAUGAGAUAUGAUGAACACAACAGACAUUAUAAUAAUAGUAAUAAUAAUGAAAAAGAACCUCACUUUGCUACAAUUGAUUAUUACGAAAACAAUGGUAAUAAUAAUAUGUAUUAUUAUAAUAAUUAUUAUGAAGAUUGUAAUCCAUAUAAUGAAAAAUUAUAUUAUAACAAAAACAUAAGAAGACAUGACGAUGGAUUACAACAGAGUUACAAAAGACCGCCGUUACAUUUAAGAUUUAAAGAUGAUAACAAAUAUCCUACAUAUUAUUAUCCUAGAUCAAGAUCCCCCAGCUAUCAAAGAUCUAUAGAUUACAUAAAAAGACAAAGUCUCCCCCCUUCAUCUCCAUCAUCAAUAUUAAAACAACAUGAAUUUGACGACUACUUAAAAAAUCGGGGAUCGUUAACAACAACGCCAUUAACUAAAACGUCAACUACACCGAUUGAGAAACCUCCACUAAUGCUUAUAGUAUUAGAUCUGAAUGGUACAUUGGUUUAUCGUGAUGGUGUGCACAGACUGAUUCACCCACGUCCUUAUAUUUCUAUUUUUAAAAAUUAUUUAUUUCGAAACAAAAAUUUUAAUAUUAUGAUUUGGUCAUCAGCACAGAGAAUUAAUGUGAAUAAAAUGGUGAAAGAAAUUUUUGGAAAUGAUGAUAGUAACAAAUUGCUUGAAAUUUGGUCCAGAGAUAAAUUUCCCUUAACAAACAAAGAGUAUCAUUCCAAAUGUUUAACAAUAAAAGAUUUAGAAAUGGUUUGGGAUGAGUUAAACAAAUCUCUGAAAAAUAAAAACAUACAGCCAUCAUCUUCAUCGCCGCCAUCACAGUCAUCAACAAUAUUAUGGGAUCAGACUAAUACAAUAUUAAUAGAUGAUUCACCACUUAAAGCUCAAUUACAGCCUUACAAUGCGAUACAUUUAAAAGAAUUUAAUCGAGAAUUAUUCCAUAAUGGAAAUGAUAGUGAAUUAUUAAAUGUUAUUGAAUAUUUAGAAUUGUUAAAAUGUCAAAGUAACAUCAGCCAUUUUAUAAAAAAUCGUCCUUACGACAGCAAUCGAAAUUAUGCGAACCAUCAGAACGAAAUAAAUAUUGAAUCAGUAAGUGAUGAUACAAGAGCUAUGGCUGACAACUACGAUGAAGAGGAUAACGAAGAAAUAAUUGAGUUAGAUUUAGACGAAGAAGAUUUAUAG